AUGGAUCAGAUCAACUUCGAGGGUUUGCGGGAGCUACACGACUGCGCAAACUAUCUCCUCGAUCACUGUCCGAAAACAAGAGAAUCUCUGUCUCAACAAGGACAAGAGAAAUGGACCGAACAAGUCUCAGAAGCUUCGUUGAGAAUGCUAGACAUCUGUACCGUAUCCAAAGAUGUAAUGACGCUCGUGAAACACAGCUUUCAAGAUCUACAACUGACUCUACGUGGCAACGAAUCAUCAGAUGUCAACGAGAAGAUCGCUGCCUAUAAUCGAUAUAAGAACAAUCUCAAGAAGGAGACGCUCAAGUGCUUAAACUGUUUAAAGAACAUGAAAGGAAGCGGAGGAGGAGGAGGAAGAGUAGCGAUGCCAACAGAACAAAACCUUCUGUUUGUUGCAGAGGUUUUGAAAGAAGUGAGAAGAGUCGUUGUGACAAUGGUCGAGUCUUUGUUCUCGCUUGGUUGUAUUCCUUGGCUAGAGAAGAGAUCAAGCAAAGGAUCAUUGUCUUCGAUCUUUACAACUAGGUCUUCUUCUUCCUAUUGGUUAGAUGAAGUAUGGGACGAGACCGCUGUGCAGAGCGCGACGACGAGGUUGGAGGCAGCGGAGAUUGCUGUUGAGGAGCUCGAAAUAGAGUUGGAGUCUACUUUCCGGCGAUUGAUUCACACACGAGUUUCACUUCUUAAUAUUCUUACCAGCUAG